AUGAUGAGGCCGUCAUCUCCGCAGACCGCGCGACGUGGAAACCUACCAAAAUCCAAAGUGGCCAAGCGUCUCCAGGAGUGGUUGUCUCCGAGGCCCCCGGCACCCGGCACCUGGCACCUGGCACCUCACCUGGCACCCACCCAACGGCCCCAACAGCCCCAACAACAACCUGCCUUGAGUACCUCCAAGGACGCGAAGCUCCAUUACCCCAGCAACUCGGUGGCCGUCCACAUGACGCUCGGCUUCGGCGAGACGUUCGUCUACCUCAAUCUCCUGUACUACGUGAGCACCCUCAUGCUUCACCGCGAGUACUUCCCCUUCCUGCCGACCCCGGAGUCGGAGCCACGGGGUCCAGUCGACCAGCCCAUGCUGGGGGCGCCCGCCCCCGAGGGCUGGUGGGACGACAGCUCCCGACUCCUCUUCGGCGCGGCAGAGCACAUCGCCGCCAUUCUACACGAGGCCUCCGAGUGUGGCGUGCAUCUCAUGACGCCCUUUGCCGGGUUCUGCGCAUUCUCAGCCGGCUACCUCAACCUCUACGUGGCGAAAUACCCCCGAAUGAACCUGGGCCGCAGCCCGCGAGCAAGCGACUGUCUCAAAAUGUGUCUCGACUACCUGGAAAAGUUUCGACUUGUCUGGAAAAUCGCCGACGGAUGGGGCGGCACGCGCAAGAUCAAAACGAUACACCAUGCAUCCGUGCUCUACGAGCGAGCAACCGAGGACCGGACACGAUACCAGGGGCGCACACGAGCAGACUUUGAUACUCUACACCAGUCUGUCCACGAGUUCCGUGUCGUGGAUAGAUCCGACGCGCAUACUCGGGAGAUUCGGGGCGCGGAGCGGCCCUCGGCGCAGGCGACUUGGCCGGUUCAAGGGCACGAGCACGAGCACGAGCACGAGCACGAGCUCGACACUAAUACCUUGUUGAACCAGCUUUUCGCGGAAGUCAGCAAUAACCUCGACGAGCAGGGGGCCUGGUCUCAAUGGUGGCCGGCGAUUGAUCAGGUGGAUCUUUAA